AUGGAGGAAGUGGAUUUGGAGGCAGCCCUAGAAGUGGUCUUCAGAGAUACGGUGGACGAGGCGGUUGAAUUUGUAGGUGGAUCUCUUGGUGGUGCCCAUGGAGGAGGUGUCAGCGGUGGAUCCUUCGGUGGUUCAUCAUAUGGAAACGGGGGUUUUGGAGGUGGAUCCUUCGCUGGUGGUCAUGGAGGAGGCUUUUUAAGAGGCAAAGGAGGCUCAUUUGGAGGCAGCUCUCUUGGAGGCGGUUUAGGCGGUGGAUCCUUCGGUGGCCGAUCCUACGGAAGGGGCAGUUUUGGAGGCAGCUUUAUUGGAGGUUUCUCUUUUGGAGGUGGUCCUGGAGGAGGAUUCACAAAAGGCAAAGGAGGCUUCUUUGGAGACGGGUAUUUUGGAGGUGGUCAUGGAGGAUCGUUUGAAGGAGGAAAAGGAGGGUCCUUUGGAGGUGUAUCUUAUGGAGGAAGCUCCAUUGUAGGUGGCUCUUUUGGAGGAGACUCCAUUGGAGGAAGCUCCAUUAGGGGUGUCUCUUUUGGAGGUGGUCCAAGAGGAGGAUUCACAGGAGGCAAAGGAGUGUCCUUUGGAGGUGGCUCUUUUGGAGGUGGUCCUAGAGGAGAAUAUAUAGGAGGCAAAGGAGGGUCCUUUGGAGGUGGCUCUUUUGGAGGUUGUCCUGGAGGAUCAUUUUGA